AUGGCGACCGCCGAAAUGAGCUUGCCUGACAAGAAACCGGAACACGAGUCGGGAUAUUACGAAGGCAGCGACCAGGAGGGCAGCAUGGAGUGUGGUUGCCCCUCUCCCGUUAGCUCCAGAAACUCGUCCCACUCGGCCAAGCUGAAACGGAGGCAGAGUGCACACAAGCACAAAAAAGUGGCAUGUAAGAAGGCUCGCACGGAGCACGUCAAUGGCUGCAUGAGCAAUGGACAUAUGGAUAAUAGUGUUGAGAUAGUAGAGUGUACCAAUUUGCCAUCAGUGAAAGAUGUGAACAAUACUGAAGAAGUGGUUCCGGAAGCAGGACCAAGUAGUAAACGUAGUAGUUCUGUGGAACUGAUUGGAGGCACUGUGCCAGCCCCGGCCAGGGACUCAGUGGAUUGGAAUUUGGUAGACGCUAGUAAAAUUCGGAAAAGAAGUAAAGUUAACCUUAACGGCGCGUCCAAAGUGGAUAUAUCACAUUUCGACCUGCUCAAAGUUCUCGGGACGGGAGCUUACGGGAAGGUGUUUCUAGUUAGAAAAAGAUGCGGCGUCGACGAGGGCAAACUUUACGCAAUGAAGGUCCUCAAGAAAGCCUCAAUUGUACAGAAGCUGAAGACGGCGGAGCACACUCGGACGGAACGACAGGUCCUAGAGGCAGUACGAGCCUGCCCGUUCCUGGUCACACUUCAUUACGCCUUCCAGACGGACGCUAAACUGCAUCUCAUAUUAGAUUACGUAGCCGGAGGUGAGCUGUUCACCCACCUUUACCAACGGGAGCAUUUCCACGAAAACGAGGUUCGGAUAUACAUCGCGGAGAUCAUCCUGGCGCUCGAGCAGCUGCAUAAGCUUGGCAUCAUCUAUCGGGACAUCAAACUGGAGAACAUACUUCUGGACGCCGAGGGUCACAUAGUGCUGACGGACUUUGGAUUGUCCAAGGAGUUCUGCGGCGGUGAGAACCGGGCGUACAGUUUCUGCGGCACUAUCGAGUAUAUGGCACCAGAGGUGGUCAGGAGUGGCAGUCAAGGGCACGAUAUCGCGGUGGACUGGUGGUCGGUGGGUGUGCUGACUUACGAGUUGCUCACCGGCGCUUCCCCGUUCACGGUGGAGGGCGAGAGGAACACGCAGCAGGAGAUCACGAAGCGUAUCGUCCGUUGCAGUUAUCCGGUGCCCAAUGAUGUUAGUCCAGAAGUCCAGGACUUUAUUAAGAAACUCCUGGUGAAAGAUCCGAGGCGUCGACUCGGCGGCGGUGAUGGCGAUGCCGAAGAACUGAAGACGCACCCGUUCUUCCAGGAUUUGGACUGGGGUGCGGUGGCCCGUAGAGAAGUCCCGGCGCCGUUCGUCCCUGCUCUUUCGCACGCGGCUGACACGUGCAACUUCGCGGAUGAGUUCACUCGCAUGCCCCCAACCGACUCCCCAGCUCAAGCGCCGAAGCACCACGACAAACUGUUUCUGGGUUAUUCAUACGUGGCCCCGAGCAUUCUUUUCUCGGAGAACAUAAUUUCGGACCAGAUAUGGAUGCAGGUGACCGGCCAAAAGCACGACAAACUGAAGGGAUGGGUGGCUAAGGACUCUCCGUUCUUCCAAAAGUAUGCAGUGGACUUGAGCAGUCCCCUCCUCGGCGACGGCUCGUAUUCCGUGUGCAGGAAAUGUAUAAACAGGCAGACCGGCAAGGAGUACGCUGUUAAGAUAAUCUCAUCACAAAAGAAGGAUGUUAAACAAGAAAUAGAGUUGCUCAAAACGUGUCAAGGAUGUCCUUACAUAAUCACUCUACACGAAGUUUUUCAUGAUUCGGCUUUCACCUACAUCGUAAUGGAGCUGGCAUCUGGUGGGGAGUUAAGCGGACAACUGUCUGGCGGCUUGGGCGAGAAAAUCGCUCGGAGGCUCUUGGCUCAACUGGCUUUAGCCACGAGGCACAUGCAUGCAAGGAAAACUGUUCAUAGGGAUCUCAAACCCGAGAACAUCUUGCUGACUUCAACGCGUCUGAACGAAGCGAAAGUGAAAGUGGUCGACUUUGGUUUCGCCCGAAAUAUGCCGGAGACCGAAGAGAGGCAGCGCAUGAUGACCCCUUGCUUCAGUUUGCCGUACGCAGCUCCGGAGGUGGUGUCGUGUGCUCGCUCGUCCAGCGCGCCGGGCUACGGGGCCUCCUGUGACCUCUGGAGCCUGGGCGUCAUCUUUUACUGCAUGCUAUGUGGAAAGGCGCCCUUCCAACCUGUGUCCAAAAAGGAACCCGUGACUGCGUUUAUGGAUAGGAUCAGAACUGGAAGCUUCACCAUGGAGGGAGCAAUCUGGGACAGUAUAUCGAGCGACAGUAAGCGCAUUGUAGCUGGCCUGCUCUCCGCGGAGACGUCGAGGCUCUCCGUCAACGAACUGUUGACCGAGCUGGGCUUCACGUCCGAUGAGAGCGCUGGCUUCCAGCUUGCUGACAUGACUAAAGCGGACCUCUACAAACGACGCAGCAAGAACAAACAGCGUAAAUCGAGCACCUCCGAACCUGGGACUUCCUCGCAGAGCGAACAAACGGACCUCGAACCGAAGGAGACCUCACUGUUAGAAACAAUCAACAAUCUUAAGAGCAGGAUGAAUAAGAAUUCGAUAGAUGAUGACGUAGAAUUAAUAAGAGCUAACACCCAAGACACUCCAGUCGCAGAAGAGAGUGAACCGAGUUAUCAGGAUGAUAUCAAUGAUGAUGUACCAUCAGUGAAACCAGUCGAAAAGACCUACGGAAAGUCUAGAUCUAAAUUAGACGACUACAUCUAUAUAGAGAGCAGUCAAGGCUUAGACGAAACAGAAGUAGCAUUCCCUAAAGAAAGCCGGGUAAAGAAAGCAAAGGAACCCGAAUCGCCUGUCCCCAGAAAACGCAGAAAAAUAGAGACAAGGCAAUCUCAAAAAGAAACUAAAGUCAACGGAGAGAGUAAUAAGGAGUUGCCUAAAAAGGUUGAAACUAAACGAGGUAGAGGCAGACCUAGAAAGGUGCCGGAAGAGGCGAGAGUAUUGAGGAGUAAGAGUUUGGAGAAAGAGAAGAAAAAUAGAGCCACCAAAGAGUCUAUCGAAAACGACAAGAGCACUGCCACCAAAACGACUAGAAAGAGGAGAUAUGAAGAGAUAUCCAAGCCAGUGCUGAGGGAGAAGGGACAAAACGGACACUCUUCUCGGAAGAGUAGUCAAGAAACUAAAACAACGGAACCGGUGACACGGAAAGUUGUCAGAGCGAAAAAGACCUUACAGCCGUUACAAUUGGAUAUAGAUCAGAAUGUGAGAAUGACUCGUUCCAGAAGGAGGAGAUUAGAGAUAAGUCUUUCUCCUUCUGAGGUAAAGAGCGUGAUACCGGCAUUCUCUUUCGAAUCGGACCGUCGCGUGAACUCAGUCGAGAGCAACAGAUCUAAUACCAAAGCGAAUUCGCGCAAGAACGCGAAAGUUAGCAAAGCAAAAAAGACACCGGUCAGAGCGACGCGUUCCAGAGGGAAUCGCAGGUGA